AUGCCCAGCCAAGACAGCAGGGCUCGCAGUAUUUCUGGCGACAUUGAGAGUUCGGACGUCGGGUCUCCUCAAGACCUCGGGGAUGCCGGCUCGUCCAACCAUCCAGGCAAACCGGGGAGGAAGAAAAAUCCAAACUCACAAGCAGCUCGGCGCGAUCAGAACCGAAUAGCCCAAAGAGAGUUCCGUCUCAGAAAGCAGCAGCGCAUCCGAGAUCUCGAGGCGAGCGUGGAGAUCCUUUCAGGGGGCAAGGAUGAGGCCCUCACCCAGAUGAGGAAGAUCCUGAAGGAUCUCAUGCAUGAAAAUCAAGUGCUGCGCGAUCUGCUCCGUAGCCUCAGCGGAUUCAUAGGAGAAGGGGCGGGCGGCAUCCUACCAAAGCUUGGAUGGGACAUCAACGACUUCCACAACUUCCUCAACAAAGCAGAGACCGACUCGGCUUGGGAAAGCUACCAGCGGCACAAGCAAGCCACUAGCGAGGCCGCCGGUGCAUCAGCUGGCGCAGCAGGUGGCCAAAAGCGACCGCCGGAUGAGGACACACUCAGUGCACGGUCGAAGCGAUCGCGAGGAAUCGACGAAUCCAACGGUGAACAUGUGGAUUCCUUUUCGAACCCCAUGUUGGUGCCUUUGAGCUCCGCCGGACCGUCUGUCGCUUCAAACGGCCUCUACUCAGCUUCGACUAGGCCACCUCAUGACAAUGUCCUGCUAAACGAACUGUUACGUAAUAACUCGUCGGGUUCUCCGAUGUUCAUGUCAUCUUCCUCCCCGAAUGCCUCUGGCUCCUACGCUACAUCAACCUCAGGGAAUGUUGGCGGUUCCUAUCCAGCGUCGUAUAUGCAGACAUCUCUGGGUGUUCCCGCUGAUCCCAGUCUGCCUAGUCUAUCUAUGGUAGGAUCAUCCCCCGUGGGUGUGCAACAAUCGAGAGUUGGGCCCACCCCCUCUGCGCAAACGUCGACAGAAGACGAAGACAUAGAGCCAAAGAAGACUGAUGCGUACAAACUCAUACAAACUGUCCCUCAUGAGAGUGUCAUCGACGCGAUCCUUCACCCCGAACUACGUGACCGCAUGAUUCUGUUGCGAGGUCGUUUCGAUCUUGUUGAUUGUCUGCACGAUUAUCGGAGUGCGGUGACCAUCCAUGGGGAUGAUGUCCUGGCCCAUACCAACUGGGAGAUCUCGGAGACAUGGCUCCAGCGGUACAAGUUCCUUGUUGAUCAAGCUACCCUAAACAUCACGAACCGCUGGAGGCGUGAGAGAGGCGAAUGCGAGCUGCGGCUGGCAGACUUCCAGGAGCCUCAAGCGACAGUAUGA